AUGUGUGUUUGUGAGUGUGUGUCUUGCCGCUGGUGCCGGACGGCUGCUGCCACACCGGACUCAUCAGAACGGAGUCGAACCCAGAACCUUCCGGCCGCGUGUCCUCGACUGUCCUCAGAAUCCCUGUGAUGCCCCAGGGCGGGUGGAGCUGGUCGGGGUCGCGAUGCCGUACAAGGACCGUCAGAACCGCAGCUGUGGCUUCCUGGACAUCGAGGAGAACGAGAGCAGCGGCAGGUUCCUGCGCAGAUACUUCAUCCUGGACACGCAGCAGUGCAGCCUGCUGUGGUACAUGGACAACCCACAGAAUCUGCCUAAAGGUGCAGAGAAGGUGGGAUCUCUGAAGCUCACCUACAUCUCCAAGGUCAGCGAUGCCACCAAACACAGGCCAAAGGCAGAGUUCUGCUUCGUCAUAAAUGCAGGAAUGAGGAAGUUUUACCUGCAAGCCAACGACCAGCAGGACUUAGUGGAAUGGAUCAGUGUUCUCAACAACGCCACCAAGAUAACUGUGCCGAAGCCCGGUGAAGGCCACACUGUCCACGCAGAGCCGCCACAGGACGUCCAGGGAAUGAAGCAGGUCUCCUACAAGACUGAGAUCAUAGGAGGGGUCCCUAUCACCACCGCUACUCAGGAGCAGGGAGAAGGGCAGAACGGGGCCGAGCGAGGAGCUGUGAAGCGGACCCAGAACCAGCUGCCCUACUUCCUGUCCAGAGGAGCCCAGGACCAGGCCGUCAUCAAGGCCGGAUACUGCGUCAAACAAGGAGCUGUGAUGAAGACGUGGAAGAGGAGGUACUUCAUGCUGGAGGAAAACGCUCUCAGCUACUACAAAUCAGACCAGGAGCGGGAGGCGCUGAGAGUCAUCGCUCUGAAGGAGAUUCACAAAGUUCAGGAGUGUAAACAGAGCGAGCUGAUGAUGAGGGACAAUCUGUUUGAGAUGGUCACCAGCUCCAGGACCUUCUACAUUCAGGCUGACAGUCCAGAGGACAUGCACAGCUGGAUCAAAGCCAUCUCAGGAGCCAUCGUGGCUCAGCGUGGCCCCGGACGCUCAGCCAACACUACACUUUGUUCCAUCACCUCAUCCAUUCAUCCGCCCAGCCGCCACUCAACCGUCUCUCUCCUGCCUCUGACCUCCUCUCCUGCUUCCCUCUCUCUCCAGGAGCACAGUGACCAGUCCUCUCCGUCCCCCACGUCCUCCUCCACCUUCUACUACCCCCUCGAGCCGGAACUACACUACCCACAAUCCUCAGCGGGUUCUCAGCCUCACGCUGGACACGCCCCAGCCGGACGACUUCCUGGGCCUGCUCCCCUGGAGGCUGAGCCGGUCCGGGAUGGGGCCCCCCCCCCCGCGCUCCCGCCUGUCGCUGCAGGAGACGUCCCAGUCCUCCCAGUGACCGAGAACCAGUCGCCCUGGAAGCACCGCAGCGGAGAGGAGGAGCUUAACCUCUGCCCCCCCGAGAAAUCUGACCUGCAAAUUACCCUCAUUUGAUGAAGAUCAAACUGAUGAUCGACAAUCUCUUAAGGCCACACACACACAAACACACACUCACUUUUACACACUUAUACAUGAGCUCCGUAUGAUCCUCCUACUGAACUGGGACCAGUCGGUUCCUUCCUGGGACCAUGUUGUUAAAGUAUGUGCACACAGGUUGGAUCUUCUUCUUCUCUCCAGUUCCCUCUGUCGUCUUCCAGCCUUUGAUUCUCCAGAUGUUGCUGCUGACAGACACACACACUGUGUCUUUCACCAGAUGUUGCUGCUGACAGACACACACACUGUGUCUGUCACCAGAUGUUGCUGCUGACAGACACACACACUGUGUCUGUCACCAGAUGUUGCUGCUGACAGACACACACACUGUGUUUGUCACCAGAUGUUGCUGCUGACAGACACACACUGUGUCGUACAUCAAAUUCUCACAUUUUCAGCCAACGUAGAGAAAUAUCAACCUUUUCACGCUUUAUCAUUUUAUGCUCCACAAUUCUUAUUAUUUUACGACGAUUUUGUUCAUACACUGAAAACAAAGAUGGACGACACUCAUCUGAACUUUCUCCCACUGUACUUAAGUUAAGCUAAAAAAAAUCUAAGAUAUCCUCAUCCCGCCCUUUGAACAUCACUGGAGUGUGUCCAGUGGUGAUCGAUGUCAAUCAAGACGUCUCAGCUGUCAAUCAAGACGUCUCAGCUGUCAAUCAACACGUCUCAGCCUGUUUCUAUAUCACCAAAUAACUGAUUCAAACCAAACUGAUCAGAAACACUUGAACAAACAUCAGAGAGAGAAGAACGACCUGAAAUGACCAUCUGCUAACAUGGAGGAGACAGAGUUAUGGAGCUAUACUGCAGCCAGCCACCAGGGGGCAAUCCAGAUGUUUUGGCUUCCUUUUGGGAGGUGUCGUCCAUUUUAAUUUACAGUGGAGUGACUUUAGUUUCUUAAUAAGCUGAGUUUCAGAUAUUUUCACACCUGUAUAAGCUUUUUAUAGAUUUUAGAAAGAUUUUUUAAAAGAUGAAAUUGUCUAAUGAAACAAUCUUGGAUUCGGUUCCUGAUGUGAAGUUUUCUGUACUUCACAGAAAACCUCUGGAGCUCAGUGCGUAAAGUCAAACUGUUGAAUAUAAGAACUUAAAGAAACUGCUCGGGACUGAAGACAUGGUUCUCUCCUCCUGCACUAAACUCCACCUGAUGUCACUGUGUUGGUUUAAAUGUUUAAAUAAGGAUCUUAGUUUGAAAGAUGUUGGCAGACACACACAUGUUGUUCAUUUGUAAAUGUUGUUUUUGAACUUUCAGCCGUUUUCAGGUUUUUCUUCCGUCGGUUGUGGGAUUUUGUCUUUUCUGGUCUGAUGUGCUUUUAUUUUGAUAGUUUUUAUUAUUGACAGUGAUGAGAGAAAAAAUGUAUGUUGUUUGCUGACUUUUAUACACACACACACACACACACACACCCUGCGGCCCCAUGUUAAACAGACACUGGGUGAAGUGCCUGCAUCUAAAGAGCUGAUAAGAAAGAAAAGAGCAGUUUUGACCCUUUUUGUGUUUUUUCUUGAUUCUUGGACCAUUUGCUGUAUUUAUUAAAAUAAACUUUUAAAAAAGUUUCA